GGGUUUUAGUCUCCUUCAGUUUCCUCCAUUAUAUAUCCAUCAUAAAACCACAGUUUCUAUCUCAAGGUUACAAAAAACGAUACACAACACGCAUCAACUGAAAAUAUAUUUCCUUCGGUCCUUGAUGUAUAUUAGUACAUGAUAUAUAUUACCCCGAAAGAAAACAAGUCAAGCAAUCCUCCAAGGCAAGAUUUAGUUUUGAUGGAGGAAACCCCGCAUCGAGUUUCACGUAGAACCAAUGGCGGGACCCACUGUCAAAACGACGCCGAAGAUGUAGAAAGCCGUCGACAACAACGUCACCAUUUUCACGGUGACGACAUCAAAUGCUCCGGCAAGAGAUGCCGGUCGACGUGGGCGGCUGCGGCUAUUGCUGAUUGCGUAGCGCUUUGUUGCUGUCCAUGUGCGAUCAUAAACUUUCUCACUCUCACUUUCGUCAAAGUCCCGUGGAUGAUCGGACGGCGAUGUCUCGGCGGCGGCGGCAAGAAUAAGAAGAAGAAAAAGAAGAAGAAGCGGAGGCUGAAUACGACGAGACAAGGGAUGAGCUGCAGGGAACUCAACGGUGAAGGAGAUGUGUUUGAGACGGCGGAUGGAGAUGAGAAAUGCGGUGGUAUAGGAGUAGGAUGUUGUGGCGGGGGAGGAGGUUAUGAUGAUCACCGGUUUGUGGUGGAGAGAGAUGGGAGUUUAACGAAGGAGGAGGGGGAUGAUGGUGAGUCGAGAAUAAGUGCAAGAGUUGAAGCAGAGAGAGUGUGGUUAGAGUUGUAUCAGAUUGGUCAUCUUGGAUUUGGUAGAGUCUCCUUCACUGGAAUUCAAUGAUUUAAUCACUACUACUUUUGUAGGAAUCUUUUUAGUUCAUAUUUAGAAAUUUCCGAGGAUAUAUAUAUAGUGUGCUUUUUUUUUUUCUUUUUCUAGUCUAUUAUGUGUUCAUAUGGAGCAAAAUCUCAU